AUGGAUACUUUGUAUUCAAACUUAUUCAAGCCUCGCUAUAUUUCUCACUUUUUUCUCCUUUUGUUUUUGGCAUCUUCAUAUCUGCACACCCAUGUGAGAUCAUGCAUCGAGGAAGAGAGAAGUGCGCUUCUCAGUUUUAAACAGGAUCUCAAGGAUCCCUCUGGAAGGCUUUCUUCUUGGGUGAGUCUCGAUUGCUGUCAAUGGGAAGGGAUUUCAUACACCAACCACACCGGUCAAGUGGCCAAGCUGAACCUCCGGAAUCCAUAUCCAUAUUUGAUAUAUGAAUAUGAUGAUUUGAUGAAUGAAGAUCUUGCGUGGGAUCAGUUGGCUUAUAAGCAGUCUUGCUUGGGGGGUAAGAUAAAUCCUUCUUUGCUUAGCUUGAAAUAUUUAAAUUAUCUGGAUCUAAGCUACAAUGAUUUUGAUGGGAUUCACAUCCCUAAGUUCUUUGGGGAGCUUAAAAGUCUGAGUUGGCUUUUCAAUCUCACUAGCCUUAGAGAACUUGAUUUAUCUGUGAAUUAUUUCCGUGGUCCAUUUCCAGGUAAACUUGCAAGCCUCAAAUCUUUGGAAUACCUUGAUUUAUCUAAUUUGGGACUUGAAGGUCAGUUUUCCAAAGUCAUUGGAAACUUGUGCAAGCUAAAAAUGUUAAGUCUUAGAGGGAACCAUUUUCCUGGUGAGGGGAUUGAAGAGUUUUUGAGGUGCUUGUCAAAUUGUCCAAAUAAUACAAUAGUAGAGUCACUAGAUUUUUCUUAUUGUUCACUGGAAGGCCAACUGCCAGCCUCCUUAGGAAUGUUAACAACUUUGCAGCAUAUCAACCUUGAGGUAAACCAUUUUUGGGGCUCAAUUCCAAAAUCUAUUGGAAAUCUAUCAUCCUUGAAAACAAUGGACCUCUCUAAUAAUCAUAUGAAUGGGUCCAUUUCAGAAAGCUUAGGAAAACCCUCCGAGCUAGUUAAACUAGAUUUGCGGGAAAAUCCAUGGAAAGACAUUCUAACUGAAGCCCAUUUGAUAAAUCUCACAAGAUUGAAAUAUCUGUCAAUAUACAGUGAUGACAUGGAGAAUCCCAUGUCCCUCAUUUUCAACAUGGCUUAUGAUUGGGUUCCUCAUUUUAAGCUCCACACAAUUGAGAUUGUCAACUGUCCCAUAGGUCCGGGUUUUGGGCUAUGGCUUCAAUCUCAAACUGAACUAUCUAGUGUUACUCUUCGAAAUACUUCCAUCUCGGAUUCCAUACCAGAGGAAUGGUUCUUGAAGAUAUCUUCCCAACUCCAAUAUUUGGAUUUAUCAUAUAACCAAAUCUUUGGAAAGCUUCCAUUCCAUUUGAAGUUUCCACAUAUUUCAGAUAUCAAUUUAGGUCAUAAUCAAUUUGACGGCCCACUUCCACUUUGGACCACAAGUGCCUCCUCCUUUGAUCUUGGAAACAACUUAUUUUCCGGGCCAAUUCCUUCCAAUUUCAACCAAGAGAUGCCCACGUUGAGAAAAUUGGUUCUUUCUGGGAAUCGUUUGAAUGGUACUCUUCCACCCUCCAUUUGCAACAUAGAGUAUUUGAAACUCGUUUCGCUAAGCAAUAAUCAAUUAUGUGGACAAGUCCCUCAAGAGUGGAGUUUGUGCAGCGGAUUAGAAGUUAUUGAUGUGGCACACAACAAUCUUUCUGGUAAUAUUCUGAGUUCAUUGGGUAACCAAACGUCUCUUCAAGUUUUAAAGGUGAACAAUAAUAAUUUUGGUGGUGAAAUUCCUUUUUCUUUGCAACAUUGCACUUCUUUGAAGAUACUUCAUCUUGGAGGCAAUAAAUUCAUUGGAAAGCUACCUUUUUGGAUUGGAUCAAAUGUAUCCACAUUGCAACUGUUAAGCCUGCAAUCCAACCUUUUAAGUGGGCAUUUACCCCACCAAUUCUGCAAUCUUCCCUACCUUCACGUCCUGGACCUUGGUCACAACAAAUUUUCAGGGACAAUUCCAAAGUGUUUGAAAAAUAUGACUUCUCUAGCCCAAGCUGAUGCUGAAAAAUAUUUUCCGGAUGAUAUUAUUUACUACGACUAUGGUUCAUAUGCACGAACAACAAUAACGUCAAAAGGGAAAGAACUUGAAUACGGAGAUGUCAAAUUAAUCCAAUGGGAAACAUCAUUGAUCUUUCGUCAAACAAUUUUGAAGGUGAAAUCCCUGAACAAGUGGGCAGUCUCGUUCAAUUGA